AUGAUGAUGAAUAAAUCGAACUACAUCCUCAAAAACAAGGACAUCACCGGUAAUUUUGACAGACCUUUAGAGAUUCCAUAUCAUCAUAAAAGCACCCUCUUUCCCUCUCCCUCUUCACCAUUACUCUCACCAUUGCUUCGCUCACUAACCUACCUGUCAACCUACCAACUUAUUUCAAGACACUUACUAACCUUCUACCCUUUUCUCCUCUCAAUUUUGAACCAACCCGAACACCAAGGCAGCACUCUUGGCCGCAAGAAGUCAUUUACCGAAACGCUGUCCAAUGCAGAGAGCACCGAAAGAGUCCAAGUACCAGCAAAGCGACACUGGGAUGUGCAAGAGAAGAUCGAGAUACUGGAUAAACUGCGGAACCUCCGCUACUUUGAUACCGAGACGGGUUUUCUGAGGGAAGUGCCCGUGGAGAAGGCAGCUGAAUCCCUCUACGUACCUCCUCAUACGUUGAAACGCUGGGUGAAAAACGAGGACCGCAUUCGAACAACAGCACUAGAGCCCAAGAGACGGCCUAAGCCUCUCAUCGCCAAAGACCCAAUUGUCUAG